GCAAACCAAAGAGUCCCUCGUACUCUUUGAGUCAAUCUUGAACGCGAUUAACCAUGAGCAACGUUGACCUCUCCAUUCCAACUCAUGCUACCGGCGCCGCCGCGAAUUUCGCGGCGAAGCACGCAAGCAACCAUGACUUGGCCUUCUAUGGCGGCUGGUUUUGUCCCUUUGUCCAGCGCUCUUGGAUGGUUCUUCACGAGAAGCGGAUUGACCAUCACUACAAGGAGGUGAACCCCUACAACAAGGAUCCCGAUGGUCCCAAUAAAGAGUUUCUCGGCCUGAAUCCACGCGGCCUGAUCCCCACCAUGGCUGUUCCAGCACGAGACGGAGGGGGGAAGGUCCGUCCCUUGUACGACAGCACCAUCGUCUCCGAAUAUCUCGACGAGGAAUAUGCAGACGAGUCGAAGCAUGGCCCUCGACUUUUCCCUACGGAUCCUUACGAACGCGCAAGGUGCAGGCUCUGGAUCGACCACAUCAACAAUAAGAUUGUCCCAGGCUUUUACAAGUUCAUCCAGCACACCCCCGAAAAGACCCACUCAAUCGACAACGCGCGAUCUGAGUUUCUGAACCAUAUCCGAACCCUAGUUCGUGAGAUGCACCCUAGCGGACCGUGGUUCCUUGGCGAGCGCUUCUCCAUGGUCGAUGUGAUGCUUGCGCCGUGGGCUAUGCGACUGUUUUUGAUCGACCACUACAAGCCUGGCGGUGUGGGCAUUCCUCCUCCGACCAAGGAAACUGGCGAGCUCGAGACCUGGUCUCGAUGGAAGACGUGGUUCGAUGCCAUCAGCGAGCGACAGAGCGUGAAAGACACACUGAGUGCUCGGGAGGCGUAUGUUGCGUCCUACAAGCGGUACGCAGAAGACACUACCAAUUCCUUGGUAGCGCAGGCCACUAGGAGUGGAGGACGGAUGCCGUAAGUGCCUGUAAUUGGGGUUUGGGAUGAUUGGAACGGAAACCAAGCCCGCUAAGCGGGACAGCAUGUCAAGAUCGGGAUGACUCGAACGCGUUGUCGAUGGAAAUGCUGUUAUUGAUUUUCAUAAAAUUCGAUCAUGAACGCUCGUGGAGCGCACAUUUGAAAAAAUAAGUGAUUAACAGU